AUGGUGGACACCAUCACCGACGCAGUUGAGACCACAAUCGCCCACAGCAACGCCCCCAGUGGCCCUCCCCGCUUCAUGCUGCAGAGCGCCGUCCGCCGGGCGUUGCGUGACAUCAAUGAACGUCGCACCCCGCUUCGCCGCUCCAAUGGAGUUCGCACGGCGGACAGCUCUCGACGUUCGUCGCCGCGCACUCCAUCGCUGCAGUUCGCCCCAGGCACUGGCCCGAUGCAUGGCGCGGCCAUGUUCGUCAGGCGCUUGGGCGCUCCGCUGUCGUUGUUGCCAAGACCCCCGACGCCUCACCCGUCAGCUCUGCCGAGGCCGUCACCGUCGAUGACGAUGAUGCCGCCACCGGUGCCGUCCGCAGUCGCUGCACCAUGGACCGAAGGAGGUGGAACCAUGGCUGGACGCCGAGGCACUCCUCUGGUCUCCAACAGCAACGCCGGGGCAGAGGCUUGGCCUCCAGGAUUCGCAUACGACCUUGAUGUCGUACUCCCGCCCCGCCCCCGCUGCCUCGUGGCUCCUCCUACGCCGACGCGGUGGCUAAUCGGCCGUGCAGGGGCGCCCUCCCGCCGGGAACGGCUCUUGGCGCCGGAUUCGCUUCUCCCCCGACCCUGGGGGAGGCGGCUCCGCACCUCUGAGUGCCACCGGAACGGCCGGCGGGGACGGAUCCGCCGCGCCCCGGCUCGCAGCGACGGUUCUAAUGGACCGAAGCUCGCCGGGGACGGGCGGCCCUACUCUGUUGGCCGGCCUCCAUGGCCGGGUCUUGUGCUCGCCAUGAGAGGAAGAAGGGGAAAGAGGAUUGGAGACUUGGAGGCAAGGAGGGACGGCGGCUUGGCAACGGCGGUGGCCUGGCGACGUCGGCGGGUGGCGACGGCGACGGCCGGAGCAACCCACGGCGGCAGCGGCUCGGCACAGGGGGCGGUUAGGGUCCUCAAACCCUAA